AUGGAUGGAAUUCCGGUCCCUAGGUUACGGGCCAGCUUAAGAUUUGAAAAAAUCAAAGGUUGGAAAGUUGUACACAAAUCAUUACCUCGUAUUAUUGAAUAUGGGCGUAGUGAGGGUAUACUACAGGCCACAGCUUCUAUGCCCGGUAUUGUUCUUGCAGCGCACGAUGCUGCCCAUCACCAAGCUAGUAAAGACAAUAGAAAUGGGGAUAAAGUGCAUUUACCUACUAACGACCUUACAUGUUGGUUUUAAUUUUUUUGGUCUUUUUUUUCUGUUCAUGCCUGGGUUCAUAAGCAAUCUUCCAAUUUCCGAAAAU